UCAGAUGUAUAAACUGUAAUGAGGCUUUUGAGCGUGAACAAGGACAUCGCUGCUUAAAUAGCCCGUGGAUGUUCGGAACUGAGAAUGCAAACACAAUAUUGGAGGAUAAUGAGAAUGAACUUAAUCUUGAUGAAAAUGAGGUAAUUUCUUCGGAGAGCGAGCAAUUACCUAAAUUAUCAAAAGUCUGCACUGAAAUAUUCAACAGAAAUUCCGAUUCUGACACUGAUGCCAGUUUAUCGAAAGAAGUAAUUUUCGGAACUGAUCAGCACAAAAAUUCAAACCCUCUCUCAUUUUCGGAAAAAUCUGAGACUUGUGACAAGCGCUCCGUAAGCGACAUCCAUGCAAUUCCUGGUCCUUCCCGAUUGCCCUUAAAUGAAAGCGAAGGAAGUUUUUGUAAGGAAGAAUUCCAAUUCAAACCUACUGAAGUAAAUCCUACUGAUCCAGUGCCUACUGAGGUAAAACUGCGGACAUGCAAAAUUUGCCAUAAAGUAUUCACAAAGAAAUAUAACUUAAAAAGGCAUAUGCAAAUUCACGAAGGAGUAAAAAACCACACAUGUGACUUUUGUGAAAAAUCGUUUCAUCAAAAGGAUAAUCUGCAGACACACGUCAAGACGCAUACGGGUGAAAAACCAUUUCCUUGUGAUGUUUGCGGGAUGCGAUUCAUAACACACUAUCGUUUACAAAGGCAUAGGCAAAUCCACGGAGAAGAAAAAAAAUACAGUUGUGACUUUUGUGAAAAAUCGUUUCAUCAAAAAAGUAAUCUACAGAGACACGUCAAGACAAAGCAUCAGGAAAUCUGUGGAGCAGAGGAACCAUACAAAUGUGGCAGUUGUGAAAAAUCAUUCCUACUGAGAUCUUCUUUAAAGAUGCAUGUUAGGAGCCAUGUGUGUGAGAAGCCAUUCACUUGCGAAGUUUGCGGGAAAGGAUAUAGAUGGAAAUGUGACUUUAAGCGACACAUGAAUAACCACACUGGAAACAAAUUUUCAUGUGAAAUCUGCGGAAAAUCAUAUACUCAAAUGCGUUAUUUAAAGGUGCAUUCUUGCAAACCCACAGACGACAAACAUUAAAAAUGGAACAUUUUUGAAAAGAAAUGUUUGUAUUAAAGAAGUCUACAAAUCAGGAAGAGAUUUAUCAAUAUACGUAAAAGAAGAAUCUAAAAAAUAUCGUUAACAAACCGAAGAUCAUGCGGAAAAAAAAAAAGAAACGAAAUGAACCAUUGCGGAAUUUUUUCUAGAGAUAUAG